AUGCUCAUUGUGAACCUUGAUGACACCAACGCAACCUACUCCCAAGGGGAUAUUGUCAGCGGCCAAGUGAGCUUCGAACGCACUGAUUUAACAAGCCUUCUGUAUGUUGUGGUCGAAGUCGCUGGCCGUACCAAGAGCACGGUCGUCUCGAGCUCGUAUGACGCAUAUGGCGAAGCAGACUUGUUCUGCACGAGAGUAGGCGAAAUCCAUGGCUCUCAAAUCGUCUUGCCCUUUGCCUUUCCGUUUCCCGCGCGCGCUUCGCCAGUUGACCCAACUAUUGUCAAUAUGACCCACUGGACGAAGCAGCUCACGACAGUGCGAUCGAACCAUCUUCUUCCCCCGACAUUCAAGCACAGGAACGCAAAGUUUGAAGCGUCGGUGGAAUACACGAUUAGAGCGUCGGUCUGGACACAGUCCCAGUUCGGCCCAUCACAGCGGCGCAUCUCGGAGAAAAUAGUGCCCAUCACCUAUCGGCCGCGACAUGAUCCGGAGAAUCAGAUCCCUACAAAAGGCGACGCGCUCAGACUGACGACACGGCUUCCGAAUAGAAGGACCCCUGGAAAUAGGGCCAAGGCUCUUUUGCAUUGGUCCCAGGCAGCGCCUGUUGACUUCCAGCUUCAGCUCACUGUCCCUGCUAAAAUCCACCCAGGGGAAGAGAUCCCCUGUGCGCUAUCGAUUAUACGAUCACCAGAGGCCAAAUCGGGUUUCGAGAGCAUGUCCUUCAUCCUGAAAGGGUUCAGUAUUUCGGUGAAACAGAAAACCAAGGUCUGGGGAGCAGCACAUACUGGAUCAGAUGAAACACAGAGCGAGUCUGCCGUGCUAUUCAACGGGACAACCAAAGACUUGAAUGUCCCAUUAUCACCAGAGACAGGAUAUAAAAAGGAGAUUUUCAGUCCUGCACUCGAGGACACGGCUCCAACGUUCGAGACGUACAAUAUCAAGCGCACAUAUGUCAUGCAUGUCGCUGCGGAGGUGCUCUGUGCAGGUACUAUGCGGGAGAUAUCCGGAGAAACAGACCUGGUGGUUCUUCCAGGAGCGUCGCCAGAGAUCGUAGAUGGUGUGAAUUAUCAGAAUGAUGCUGGCCUUCCGAGCUACGCAGAAGCUGCGUCGAAUGUCCUCAACGCGGUAUCGUCUAUACUUGGAUAG